AUGGCAGCUGAGCUAGGACAACCGGCUUCAGUAUCGACAAUACAGCUGCAGUCCUUUGAGAAAGGAUUACGUUCACCAUCGCUAGGAGAGCAGCUGUCUACAGUAGUAUCCACUGCAAGUCUCGUCAGAGCACACCCGUUCCCCAUGUAUGUGAACACAAUUGUAGUCCGACUUGCAGAUGCUUUUAAAGAUGGAACAAAUAUGCUACGAUUGGCAAUUGCGCGAGCUCUGUUAGAAUGUGGAACCCACUUGUCGCUAGUUUUCUCUGGUAGUGAGAUAUUCAAGAGAGUUUUAUCAGUUUCGCACUCGAAUGAUCCAGUGGCACGGGCUAUGACGCUUCAGGUACUGGCAAGCUUAGCUCCAAUCGCUCCAGAAAACAAACAGGUUGGAUGA